UCGUAAACCUGGCAAACAUGGCGACGCUCCGAAGAAAGUACGGAGGCUGGGAAUACGAGCAUUUUUAACGGACACAGUAACCUCACGCUACCGUGUUACAAUGUGAUGGGGUUAGCUAGAGUUAACGCGCGCACAGCCUUGUAAACGAUGAUUGCAGAGGUAAGUUUAGCGGCGUGUCUGUUACGUUAGUUUGUGUCCCAUCGACAUACUGUGCGCUAGCUAGUUAGCUUGUAGCAACUAGCGCCGCUAGCCCGGCAGGUAAACACAGUCUGACAGAGAGGACGCAGCUUCUUCACAAAGAGUCAGUCAGAUCGGGAUUACACAGUUAACACGAAGUUAAUGCGAUGAACUCAGGAUAUCCGCUCUGUCCACAUCGUGCUGAAAUGAGCUGGACACAUGUAUGCUGGUAGAUUAUGAGUAACAUCCCUCAACAACGAGUUUCUGCAUCACAACAAACACAGGCCAGUCUGUCUGUCUGGGGAUGGGGGGGUCUUGGAGUUGUGCUGUUCCUCGUCACCUUUGGACCCUUCGCCAUAUUCUACCUGGCCUUUUAUAUCUUCUGCUUCAUUGGAGGGGGAUUUGCGGUCACUCUGCUCUAUGGAAAAAUAAACUCAGAAAAACACCUGGAAAAGUGCGAGCAGUCUUACUUACCACCCACACAGAUUGGUAUAAUGAAGGCAUUGGAUGAAAUGAAGCUGGAGAUAAAACCUGCAAAGAUUGACAGGAGACUUACUGGCUCCAGUUUCAUAGACGAGCCAUUACAACAGGUGAUCCAGUUUGCUCUGAGAGACUACAUCCAGUACUGGUACUACACUCUGAGCGAGGAUGAGUCUUUCUUAUUGGAGAUCCGACAAACACUUCAGAAUGCACUCGUGCAGUUUUCCACACGGUCUAAAGAGGUGGACUGGCAGCCUUAUUUCACCACUCGCCUGGUGGAUGAUUUUGCCACCCAUUUACGUGUCUUUCGAAAAGCCCAGGAUCGCCUCGGUGACAGAGAGGACAAGCAAAGAGACAUAACAGAAGAGCUGGUGGAGUCUUUCUUUGAGGCCGAGGUGGACAUUGAAAAGAGAAUUUGUAGAGAUGUUGUCUGUACUUCGCAUAAAGAUGAAGAAGGCUUCCUUCGAGAUUUGUGUGAGUUGCUUUUGUAUUUGUUACUACCUCCUGGAGAUUUCCACAACAAGAACAUGAGAUACUUCUUAAGGGAGGUACUUGCACGCGGCGUGCUGUUUCCUUUGAUCAAUCAGCUGAGCGACCCAGAUUACAUCAACCAGUUUGUCAUCUGGAUGCUACGUGAUUCCAGCUGCAAUUAUGAAGCCUUCAUGAACAUCUUGAAGCUGACGGACAAACCUUCAGAGCUGGAAGCUGUGAAGGACAAAGUGCUGGAGGAGCUGCAGUACCUCCGCUCAUUGGACACUGCUGGAGAUGACAUCAAUGUGAUUAAGAACCAGAUUAACAGUCUUCUGUUUGUGAAGAAGGUGUGUGAGACAAGGAUCCAGAGACUACACUCUGGCAAGGAGGUGGAUGCCUUGAAGCUGGCAGCUAACUUUGGCAAGCUGUGUGUUAUUCCACUGGAACACAUCCUUGUGCACAACAUAGCCCUGCAGUUCUUCAUGGACUUCAUGCAGGUAGCGGGGGCUCAGGCGGAGCUGUUCUUCUGGCUCACUGUGGAGGGCUACAGGGUGACGGCACAGCAGCAACUAGAGGCAAUGGAGUGCUGGCAGAAAGACAGCAAGAAGCAGCCCAGCACCACCAAGGGGCUGCUGAAAGCCGCUGCACUUGGGGUGUAUGAACAGUAUCUCUCUGAAAAGGCAUCCCCUAGAGUGCAGGUGGACGAAAUGUCAUUGAUGAAAUUAGGGGAGAAGCUGCAGAAAGACGAUCCCACACCAGAAAUAUUUGAUGAAAUCCAAAGAAAGGUGUACGACAUGAUGCUGCGUGAUGAACGUUACUACCCGAGCUUCAAGCAGAGUCCUCUGUAUGUACGCAUGCUAGCAGAAUUGGACAUGCUAAAGCCCAGCUACAGAGGAUCAGAUGAUGGAGAUGGAGAAUCCUUCAAUGGCUCUCCGACAGGAAGCAUAAACCUAUCUUUGGACGACUUGUCCAACUCCUGCCAUGAUGAAUCUAUGCACCUACAUGCCUUCAUUUCUGACACAGGGGUUUGCAAUGACCACGGUAAAACCUACGCGCUGUACGCCAUCACUGUGGUCAGGCGUAACCCAGAUGGUAGCGAGGAUGUCUGGAAGACCUACCGUCGCUACUCCGACUUCCACGACUUCCACAUGAGGAUCACUGAACAGUUUGAGAACCUGACGUCAAUCCUCAAGCUGCCUGGGAAGAAAACCUUCAACAAUAUGGACAGAGAAUUCCUGGAGAAAAGGAAAAAAGACCUCAAUGCUUACCUCCAGUUGCUGCUGAACCCAGAGAUGGUAAAGGCCUGCCCAACUCUGAUUCCCUACGUCUAUGACUUCCUAGAAAACAAGGCCUACAACAAGGGCAAGGGAGAGUUUGCACGCAAGAUAGACACAUUUGUAAAUCCCCUGCGGAGCUCCAUGAGGAACGUGUCUAAUGCAGUUAAGGCUCUUCCAGACAGUCUGGCUGAAGGCAUGACCAAAGUGUCUGAUAACAUGGGGCGCAUGUCAGAAAGACUAGGCCAGGACAUCAAACAGUCCAUAUUCAAGGUGCCUCCACUCCUCCCCAAAUCUGACCCUGAACACUGUCGUGUCUCCGCACAACUUGAUGAUGUGGAUGAUAACAUCCCGCUGCGGGUGAUGCUGCUGCUGAUGGACGAGGUGUUUGACUUGAAGGAGAAAAAUCAGUGGCUGCGCCGGAACAUUAAGAACCUUUUGCAGCAGCUCAUCAGGGCCACAUACGGAGACACCAUCAACAGGAAAAUUGUGGAUCACGUGGAUUACUUGACUUCACCAGAGCAGGUGGCGGAUUAUGUCAAAAAGUUCAGGGAUUCCUACUGGCCUAAUGGAAUUCUGGCUGAGACGCCACCUUGUCGGGACAAGAACAUCCGCAUGAGGACACGAGUAGCUGCCAAAACCAGCUUGCUGGGCAUCAUGCCAGACGAGCUGAAGCACAUCAUCGGCGCUGACACCACACGGAAAGGCAUCCUGCGUGUCUUUGACAUGUUCCAGUACCAGCCCAUGAACCGCCGACUCGUCUACGUUUUCCUGGAGGGCUUCUUGGAGACCAUGUUCCCUCAGUACAAAUUCCCCGAGCUUUUCAUCAAGCUGCACUCUCGCUCGCCGCGCAUACACAGACAGAGCCAGAAACACAAAGCGUCCUCCCUGAAGAGGUGACAGGAACGGACGCCGACGCCGGGAGAGGGGCUGAACACAGACUUGAGACUACAGCGCCGCAGCCCGACCUGACAGUCCAGGUGUGUGCGCGAUUUCUGCCCCCCACCCCCCAUCUUCAAGUGGCAACACUCCACUGAUCCAGCUGAAUAUCUCUGUUCGAGCAGACAUGAUGGCAAAUACGUCACAGACGAGCAAACACAAAUCCUCUAAUUUGCACGAAGACUUGAACACAGAAGUCUUUUUAUCUGGACCACACGAUGCUGCUUUUUGUCCCGGUCUAGAGAGCAGACCUUGGAUACUGUAUUGUUUUUAAAUGAAAGGUGUCAUCGGCACAGACCUGCACCUUGCCUUACCUUCCCACUUCAGUCUCAGCAAACUGACCAAUCACGUUGUCUCACAUUCACCCCCUCAUGCUGUAUGUUUGAUCUGCACAAACUGCACACAUGCAAUGACACCUUUUCACAGCAACCAAAUAUGUCAAUCGCACUGGUCAAGAGGCCCUGUUUUUUUUUUUUUUGUUUUUUUUGUUAUGUGACUAAACAAAGAUGGGUCGAAAAUUUUUUUUAUUUUUUUUUAAUCAUAAGCCUUUGUUCCAACCUCAGUUUAUCUUGAAACAUGAGCCUUUUUCCUCCUCUUUCUGUCCUUUUUUCCAUAGUAUUAUGUCACAUGAUCAUCACAUAGGCCACACCCCCUUUUAAGAUACUGCUGUCUCACAAUGACCAAAUCACUUGCUGCCGCAUACAUGUGUUCACCGGUUUAAUGUGGGGAUAAUCUGCAGAUUACUGUGCUUCUUGUGGUUAAUUGUGAACAGACGACCUUUACUGCCCUUAAAGGAGAAACAAGGACACGAGCUCGGACUGGCUGGGGGAGUGCAUGUCGAAGAAUGCCUAAUCUGGAUUUGGCUCAUCCAGCAGGGAUUUUGCAUGAAAGUGCAGUCAGAAAGCUUGCCAGCUCAUGAAGCAGCCUUAAAAGAAAAGAAGGAAAAAAAAAGACUGUAAAUGUUGAUCAUGUGAUGGUCACAAAGAAAGAAAUAUUAGAGCUGCAUAUUAAUCCCAAAUCACUUUUUAUUUUAAGAAAAUGUCUUUAACUUUGUGCAAUAUUUUUCUUUAAUGCAUGUGCAUUUAAGUCAUUGUACAA